CAUCACGGAUCCCACCGCCAGUGCUGUCGCGAAGGAGGUUGCAGCCCUGAAGGGCGGCAUUGCCGAGCUGGCAGUAUCUUCUGGGCACGCCGCGCAGUUGCUUGCCUUCAGCAUCCUCUUACAGGCGGGGGACCACUUCGUCACCACUGAAAGGGUCCACAGAGGCUCCGUGACGCAGUCUUGGGCGCCAGUGUAA